AGGAAAAAAGAAAAAUAAAAGAAACAAAGAAAGGAAGAAAGGAGGCACUCAACGAAGUGGGAAUACUAGAAAUACUCUAUGAGCAUUAACAGGACAAAAGUAGGAGACAUUUCUCAUUGGAAUUAUUAAUUCUUUGUUAUAUGUGACGGGGAGACUCUAGAUUCUAUUAAUAGUCCAGUGGUCAAAAAGAUGCAUAUUUAGUCAUAUUUAAUUUUGGCCUUUGAGGCUAUGAUUUAGUUUUACUUCACCUGGCACCAUUUUUAUAUAUAAAAAAUAUCCUUGGGGCACCUUUCCACCUACAGACUGGACGCUGUUAAAAAUCACCCAAUUGUGAAAAACAACAAUUAGGAUGCAAGUAAAUUUUAUUACAGACUGGCAUAGUCAAGACUGAAAUGACCCAGUGAAUCCUAUAAAAGGCCAAGGGAGCUAACGUGUGUGGAAGGUGAACUCUGGCUUUGCUCCUCUCUUUGGCAAGGGGUUGCCCGUCUGUGCUGCCGCCAUGUCUUUUCGACUUUCUGGUGGAUCCAGGCGGAUCUGCUCGCGAACUGGGUCUGGUAGGCUGUCCGGUGGAGGAACAGGCUUUGUGGCUGGGAAUGUGUGUGUUGGGUCGGGAGCAGGAAGCAGCUUUUCUUGUACUCUUGGGGGCAUCUCUUCUGGAGGAAGCUUCUGCAGUAGUGGUGGAGGGUUGGGAAGUGGUGCCCGUACUGGUUUUCUUGGCAAUGAGCACAGCCUCCUCUCUGGGAAUGAAAAGGUGACCAUGCAGAAUCUCAAUGACCGCCUGGCAUCCUACCUGGACCAUGUGCGUGCUCUGGAGGAGGCCAACGCAGACCUGGAGCAGAAGAUCAAGGGCUGGUAUGAGAAAUGUGAGCCUGGCUCUUUCCGGGGACACAAUCAUGACUAUAGCAGAUACUUCUCAGUCAUUGAAGAUCUUAAAAGGCAGAUUAUUUCUGCAACCACCUGCAACGCCAGCAUUGUUCUACAAAAUGACAAUGCCAGACUGACCGCAGAUGACUUCAGGCUGAAGUAUGAAAAUGAGCUGGCUCUGCACCACAGUGUUGAGGCUGACACCAAUGGUCUUCGCAGAGUGUUGGAUGAGCUGACCCUCUGUACAACCGACCUGGAGAUACAGUGUGAGACCCUCAGUGAGGAAUUGACCUACCUCAAAAAAAAUCACGAGGAGGAGAUGGAAGUCUUGCAGUGUACAGCUGGGGGGAAUGUGAACGUGGAGAUGAAUGCAACCCCAGGAGUGGACCUAACUCUCCUGUUAAACAACAUGAGGGCUGAGUAUGAGGCCUUGGCUGAGCAGAACUGCAAAGAUGCUGAAGCCUGGUUCAACGAGAGGGUAGGUCUAUGGCAAAUUACAAAGGGCUUGCUCAGGAGACAAUCAGGCCGGUCACUAACCCUUUCGACAACUACACUUCAGAGUGCAACACUGCAACAACAGAUUUCCAAUGAUGAGGGAGCAGCCACAGCAGCCAGAAAUGAGCUGACCGAAGUGAAACGCAACCUGCAAACCCUGGAAAUAGAACUUCAGUCCCUCAUGGCUGUGAAACAUUCCUAUGAAUGCUCCUUGGCUGAGACUGAAGAAAAUUACUGCAAUCAACUCCAGCAAAUUCAGGAUCAGAUCGGGCUGAUGGAGGAACAACUGCAACAGAUUCGAACAGAAACAGAAGGCCAGAAGCUGGAGUAUGAACAGCUUCUUGAUGUAAAAAUCUUUUUAGAAAAAGAAAUUGAAAUUUAUUGCAACUUACUAGAUGGAGAAGAAAGAAAAAGCAAAUCCACAUGUUACAAAUCAAAAGGAUGCAGGCCUGUGAAUUCUGGAAAUCAAGGCAAAGACUCAGCAAAAGAAACUAUUGUCAAAACAGUGGUUGAGGAACUGGAUCAAAUAGGCAGUGUCCUUUCACUGAGAGUCCACUCAGUUGAAGAAAAGUCCUCUAAAAUAAGCAACAUUACAGUAGAGCAACGAGUACCUUUUAAAGCACCAUAAGGAGGAAAACUUAUUAAAAAAAAAAAAAAAGGGAGAGAAAGACAGAAAGAAAGCCUGCCUUUGCAAAAACCCUACUGAUUAAAUAACCUAAGGGAAUUAUUCAUUUCUGUUCUUAAAGAUAAAAGGGCUAGAAUUUGUUCUCCUUCUCUUCCUUUUCUCACGUUCUAUGCAUGUAAUCCUUUUCCAGAGAAGAAAAAUCCUGCUCUGUCCCUAAUUUUUGUUUUA